UCUGUAUACUCGUAGUGUAUUCUUUUAUGGUGGAAUCAAUUUCUUGAGGUCAAGUUUCCAUUCUUUCAUUCUAAUACUUCUACAGGAAAACCAAUCGAAAGAGAUCUUACAUCCAAGAAUCAUCGUAUUCACAACAUCUCGUACUCGAUUUGGUCUUAGAAUACAAACACACAAUCUUUUGGUCUAAAACAAACAAACCCUUCAUUAUUACCUCAAAUCGGCUCUGUUCUUCUUCCAAUCUUUGAUCACUUAGAAUCAAGAUUAGCUUCUUCUUCUGGGUCUCAAUCAAGAUUCGUUGCUAUGCAUUCGGAAAUCUAGUAGCUAACGAUUUGAUUGUAAAUUAAUUUCCCCUUUUCAGAGUUUUGAAUAUAGAUAGAGAGAGAGAGAGAGAGAGAGAGAGAGAGAUUAAUGGGUUGUUUUUCUUGUUUUGAUUCGAGGGUGGAGGAAAAAUCGAAUCCUCAGAAAGUUGGGGCUGAUCGUCCUGAAGUCCACCCAUCUGCUCCUUCCAAUAUCUCCAGAUUACCCUCUGGUGUCGAUCGACUGAAAUCAAGAAACAAUGUGAGUUUGAGGAGGGAAUCAUCGGGUCCAAAAGAUGGACCUUAUAGUCAGAUUGCUGCUCAUACGUUCACUUUCCGUGAGCUUGCAGCUGCAACAAACAAUUUCAGCCCUGAUUGCUUUUUAGGGGAGGGAGGCUUUGGCCAUGUGUAUAGAGGACGUCUUCAGGGUAGUGGUCAGGCUAUAGCUGUGAAACAAUUGGAUAGAAAUGGGCUUCAGGGUAACCGGGAAUUUCUUGUGGAAGUUCUUAUGCUCAGCCUUUUACAUCAUCCCAACCUCGUGAAUUUGAUUGGGUACUGCGCUGAUGGGGACCAAAGACUUCUUGUUUAUGAAUUCAUGCCGUUGGGUUCAUUGGAAGAUCACCUUCAUGAUCUUCCACCAGAUAGAGAACCGUUAGAUUGGAACACAAGAAUGAAGAUAGCCGCUGGUGCAGCCAGAGGUUUGGAGUUUCUUCACGAUAAGGCUAACCCACCUGUUAUUUACAGGGACUUCAAAUCGUCCAACAUUUUGCUGGGUGAGGGAUUUCAGCCAAAGCUUUCCGACUUUGGGCUUGCGAAGUUGGGUCCCACUGGAGACAAGUCUCAUGUUUCGACAAGGGUCAUGGGAACAUACGGUUAUUGUGCUCCUGAAUACGCCAUGACUGGUCAACUCACGGUCAAGUCUGAUGUUUACAGCUUUGGCGUGGUCUUUUUAGAGCUUAUUACUGGUCGCAAAGCCAUUGACAGCACUGCACCACAAGGACAGCAGAAUCUCGUCACAUGGGCACGACCCUUGUUCAACGAUAGAAGGAAAUUUGCAUCAUUGGCAGAUCCGAGGCUAGAAGGUCAAUAUCCAAUGAGGGGACUCUACCAGGCUCUAGCCGUAGCUUCCAUGUGUAUCCAAGAACAAGCUGCUGCUCGGCCUCUUAUCGGAGAUGUAGUCACUGCCUUAUCUUAUCUUGCGAACCAUGCUUACGACCCUAGUGCAGCUGCAGCCACCGGUCAUAGCAACCGACACAACAACGGGGAGAAAAACGGACGAAUUUCAAAGAACGAAGAAGGUGGAGGAUCGGGGCGUAGCAGAUGGGAUCUCGAAGGAUUGGAAAAAGGAGACUCUCCGAGAGAAACUCCAAAGAUGCUGAACCGAGAUCUUGAUAGAGAACGGGCUGUUGCAGAGGCUAAAAUGUGGGUCGAAAAAAGACGGCAAAGUGCCCAAGGAAGUUUUGAUGGUAAUAACAACGGUUAGCCGGCGAGUUGUUCUGUAUUUUGAUCACUAGAAGGAACCGAAGGAUGAUUCGAGUUUUUGUUUUUGUUUUUUUUUUUUCCGUUUUGGCCGACACCCGAUUUAGGAAAAGCUCGGAGAAAGAGUGUAUAGUGAACGAUGAGGAGAACGGGAAAACUUGCGACGUUUUAUGGUUCAUUUUUUGUUCUACACAAAGAGGCGUUUCAGUG